AUGGCAGAUCCCCAGGCCAUUUCGGACGAUAGCUCUGAGGAAGCGGAGGAAGACGAGGAAGAGGCGAGAAGAAUCAGGGAAGGCUUUAUCGUAGACGAAGAUGAGGAUGAGGAGGAAGACGAUGACGAGACAAGGCAUCGACGAAGGAAGCGGCGUAAGAGGAGACAUCGAAGGCGCGACGAGGAGGAAGCCUUGGAAGAUGAUGACCUUGAGCUGCUAGAGGAAAACACAGGCACUUCAUUCAGGAAUCGACUGACUCGUUUACGGCGCGGUCCAGAUGGCGGUUCCCCAUCCGCUCCAUCGACCUCUAAACGCAAGCCAGUUGUGGAAUCGUCGGAAGAUGACUUAGAUGACGAGGACCUGCCGCAAGUCCAGGAUAUUCAGCGUAUUUGGGAUGAUGAGCGCGCCGGAGGUGGACGUGACGAUGAGGAAGACAUGGACGAUUUCAUCGACUAUGAAGAUGAAGACGAGGGUGCUGGUGCCAUGGAUGAGCAGGAGCGUGAGGAAAGACGAAGAGAGAGGAAAAAGCGAGAGAGGGAAAGGCGGAGAGCUAUUGGCUCUCGUCCUGAGCUAGCUGGUAUCGACGACAUGGCAUGGGACGAAAUACAUGGUGUCUUUGGAGACGGCCAUGACUAUGAUUGGGCAUUGUUGGGUGACGAUGAAAUGGAUUUCGAGGAAGAGCGUCUCAAGCCGGAGAUGAGAUAUCAAGACGUAUUUGAACCGUCAGAGAUCCGUGCGCGUAUGUUGACCGAGGACGAUGAUUUGAUUCGGGCGCAAGACAUACCAGAGCGUAUGCAAUUAGCAACUUCAUCACUAUCUCAGUCAUCCACGCUAUCCCUUCACCAAAGCCUCACUGAAGCUAAUUUAGAUGAUGCAGCAAUGUGGGUUACCGUCCGGCUUUCCCCUCGGAAGACCAGAGAUUUCUUUAGUCCGGAAGGCCCGUACAAUAUGUAUCGCGAGCCUUUGGUCAUGGCCGUGACAUAUGCUCUUCGCUUUCUCUUCGUCCAGGAGUUUGAGGUCCCGUAUAUUUGGACUCACAAACGAGACUACAUCUCAUACUUCAACCCUCAAGAAAUGCGCACUCGAGUCCAGCUCAUCAGUCUCGCUGAACUCUGGCGUAUAUAUGCGCUUGGCCAGAAAUAUCGGUCUUUAGCUCAAAGGAAGAACGCCUUGGCCUUGUCAUAUGCACGCCUGAAUGUCGAGGACGAGUAUUUUGAGCAGACAAUUAGGCCAAAAAUUGACAGCGUGGAGGUUGUCACUGAUGCAACCGAAUGGUUGACUAUGACAUAUAAAUUCAAGAAGCAGGAUGCCUUUGACUUCCAGUUCCACGACGACGACGAUCAAACGGAAACCAGAAAGCGAAAGGCUCCUAGUCGCAUAUCUGCGUAUGAGGUAGCCAAGAAGAGUAUAGUUUCUAAACUUGCUGAUGGCUUCGGAAUUAAACCACAUGAGGUGGUUUACAACUUCGUUGCGCAAGAGAACGUACAUUUCGUCGAUGACCAGGAGCUGAAUCCCAUUGCAUUUGCGGAGCAGUUUACGGAUCCGGAUGCCGCUGUGGCACAACCCGCUGAAGAGUUACUACGUCGUGCUCGGAUGAUUCUUGCGACAGAACUGGGCAAAGAUCCUUUGUUGCGUCAAGCAAUGCGUGAUCUCUUCAAGACUGAUGCUUUGAUCUCUGUACUGCCAACAGAGAGGGGAAUGGCUAAAAUCGAUGAGCACCAUCCAUACUUUAAUUUCAAGUACCUUCAUCACAAGAGUAUUACGCAGAUGAUGGACACACCACAGUUUCUUCAUAUCCUUGCGGCAGAAGCCGAGCUUUUGGUCACCGUAUCAACAUUCCUUACCAACGAGGCAAAGUCAAAGUUUGAGCGUAGACUCAAUGAUGCCUUCGCAUCUGACAGCUAUAGUGAUACUGCCAGAGCUUGGAACGAAGAGCGAUCACGUGUCGUCCAAGAGGCCCUUGAACAACACCUCAUACCUGUGGGUGUUAAGUGGGCGCGAGAAUGGCUUCGGGAGGAAGUAGAAGAUACACUCGCAGCUCACUGCGGCAACGUUUUGAGAGAGCGCAUUGACGUGGCUCCGUAUAUCACUCCCGAAAUGAAACCUGGUGACACUGCAUCUGUGCUUGCCGUGUCUUGGGGCAAGGGGGACCCUCAAAAGGAUGCAAUCACCUUAGUUUUCCUGGACGAGGCAGGGAGACUGCGCGAGCAUAUCAAAAUCGACAAUCUUGUUGAUCGUGAUUACCAAGACGAGUUCACAGAUCUUUUGAAGCGGAGACGUCCCGACGUUAUUGUCGUGGGUGGUUUGAGCAUGGCCACGACCAAGUUGUCAUCAAAGGUUAGGUCUCUUGUUAAUGGAGAACCAUCGAAUUCGGAUCCAACAACUGGUGCGGACGGUUGGGGAUCUUCAGAGGCCCCCAAGGAAGCAAACGAACAGGCGUUCAACAUUCCUGUGAUGUACGUCCGUGACGAAGUUGCUCGAAUGUACCAACACAGCAAACGAGCCGCGGAUGAAUUCAGCGCACUGUCGCCUGUUGCCAAAUACUGUGUUGGACUUGCUCGGUAUAUUCAGAGUCCAUUGAACGAGUACUCCGCGCUUGGACAUGACAUUACUGCUAUUCCACUUGAGGAUGAAGAUCAGCACUUGAUCCCUAAGGAGAAGUUACUCUCAGCUCUGGAGCGAACUUUGGUUGAUGUCACGAAUAAAGUUGGAGUUGAUAUCAACCGCGCUGUCAACGACUCCUACUAUCAGCAUUUAUUGCCUUUCGUUUGUGGACUCGGCCCACGAAAAGCCCAGGUCUUAGUCAAGAAGAUUUCUGCCAUGGGGGGAAAUCUGAUAAAUCGUGACCAAUUCAUCAAGUCAUCAUUGUUAACGACCAAAAUUUUCCUUAAUGCCGCUGGAUUCCUGCGCAUCUCACGAGAUCCUGAAGCCAAGCUUUCCAAGAAUCGUCAUGCUGACGAUGACGUCCAAGAUCCUCUUGAUGAUACUCGUAUCCACCCCGAGGAUUAUGAAUUGGCCCGCAAAAUGGCAACUGAUGCCCUGGAGUUAGAUGAAGAAGACAUUCACGAUGAACAUCCUUCUCACGUCGUCUCAGUCAUCAUGCAAGACGGUGACAACGAAAGAAAGUUGAAUGAACUUAAUCUUGACGAGUUUGCCGUCAGCAUGUACGAGGCGAAUGAAGACCGUAAACGUCACACAUUGAAUGUCAUCCGGGAGGAGCUGCUGAAGCCGUUCUCCGAGCAGAGGGCUCCUUUCCCCUCUCUAGGGCCAUGGGAUAUUCUCACGAUGCUCAGUGGAGAGACCCCUCGAACUCUCCGUAUGGGUCUCAUUGUCUCGAUUAUGGUGGUCCGCCUUGAGCAAACUCUCGUUCAUAUUCGUUUGGAUUCCGGUAUCGAGGGCGUCAUCGAUAUCGGGUACCUUACCGAAGAUGGCAACAUAGCCCCCAAGGAUGUCGUUAAGAAAGGACAAACUAUACCGGGUGUCAUCGUCGAUGUCAAGUUGGAUUUACCUGCAGAUCAGUUCUUCGUUAAAGUGUCUGUUCGCCAGUCUGAUCUACGUGCGGGUGAUGUCCUUUUCCGAUCUGUCAAACGAGACGAUCAAUGGAACCUUCCACAGUUUGAACGGGAUCUGGAGAUGCAAGCUCGUAAAAAACGCGCAGAGAUUGACCGGACGAGGAGAGUAGUCAAACAUCCAAAUUUCCACAACUUCAAUGCCACUCAGGCUGAGAACUACCUUGACAAGCAACAGCGUGGCGAUGUAGUAAUUCGCCCAUCUUCUAAAGGCGUUGAUCACCUCGCUGUAACGUGGAAGGUUGACGACAAGCUUUAUCAGCACAUUGACGUUACUGAAAUUAAUACAGGCCAGGGAGGAAAUCUACUCAUCGUCGACGAAAAGCAUCAAUAUGCUGACCUAGAUGAAUUGAUUGUCAAUCACGUACAGGCGACCGCCCGUAAAGUGGAGGAGUUGAUGGCUCACGAAAAAUUCAAGCACGGCUCCGAAGACGAACUUCAUCUGUUUUUGAAAAACUUCGUUGCAGCCAAUCCUGCGAAGAGUAUAUACGGCUUCACCUUGAACCGGAGAAAGCCUGGCCACUUCAAUCUAUGCUUCCUUGCUAACAAGAACUCCACCGUUCAGACAUGGCCUGUCCGAGUUAUGCCCGAAUCCUAUUGUCUAUUUGAUGCCGCAGUAGCUGGUGUUCCUGAGCUUUGCGACGCUUUCAAAGUCAGGUGA